AUGGAGAAUCUAUGGCGAAUCGCGACGGGUCAGGAUCCGAACCGGGAGGAUUACGACGGGAUCGAGUUCUGGUCAAACCCAGAGCGAUCUGGUUGGCUCACCAAGCAAGGCGAUUACAUAAAGACUUGGCGCCGGCGCUGGUUCGUGCUCAAGCGAGGAAAGCUUCUCUGGUUCAAGGAUCAAGCCGCCGCCGGAACGCGUGGCUCUAUCCCGCGUGGUGUGAUCUCCGUCAGUGAUUGCCUCACGGUCAAAGGAGCUGAGGACGCCGUGAACAAGCCGUUCGCGUUUGAGCUCUCAAGCAGUAACUACACGGUGUUCUUCAUCGCCGAUAACGAGAAGGAGAAAGAAGAGUGGAUCAAUUCUAUUGGACGGUCGAUUGUGCAGCACUCGAGGUCUGUGACGGAUUCUGAAGUCCUCGAUUACGAUCACAGGCGGUGA